AUGUCCUCAUUUAUGAGUUCAUUGCCAAUGGCGACCUCCAGCGGUGGAUUGGGCAAGCGGGUGAACAUCUUACUAGGGGUGGCACGUGGGUUAGAGUAUCUCCACAGCUUUGGCAUCGUGCACCGGGACAUCAAGCCAGCCAACAUCCUCAUUGAUGCUCACAUGCAGGCCAAGGUGGGUGACUUUGGACUGGUGCGUGAGGGGGACAGCACUCCAAUGGGCUACACACGAGUGCUGGGAACGGUGGGGUGUUCUGCUGACGUGUACAGGUAUGAUGCUGACGUGUACAGGUGUGAUGCUGACGUGUACAGGUGUGAUGCUGAUGUGUACAUGUGUGAUGCUGAUGUGUACAGGUGUGACGCUGAUGUGUAUAGGUAUGAUGCUGUUGUGCAUAGGUGGCAUGAUGUAAAACGACGCAUGGCCUGUGUAGGGGCCAUAGUGGCAUCGGGUCUCAUAGCAGGUGGGAGGACAUCACUACUCCGGGACCCCCGCAUGGAAGCACCAGAUGACAUCAUCAAUCGCCUUGCCCAGCUGGCUGUGAGCUGCACGGCCAUGCGCACUUUCUCCCGCCCCUCCAUGUCCCGCGUGGCCCAAGACUUGGAGGUGGUGAGAGGGGAGGUGGGAGGGGGGGAUGUGAGAGCGAGCGCUGCAGCAAGGGUGGAUGAGCUGCUGGAGAGUCAGCGCCCUGUGAGGAGCAUGGAGGAGGAUCUGGCCUUCUUGGAUCAACACUAG